AUGUCGAGUAGUAGUAGCAGCAAGCCGCGUCCCAUCCAUCAUCUCCAGCGUGACCUGCGGUCGACUCCUGACGAAGCAGAGCCUUCCUACUCUUACGAACAAGAAUCUUUCUUGGCUCAGCGAGAAGACGAACAUGAAGACGCCUUUCAUCGAAGUUACAAUCGUCGAGACUCGACAGGAAGCCACAACAGUGUCAACAACAACAACAAUAAAGGAGAUAGCAGUAGAGACCUCAAUAAUGGCGACGGCACGAAGAAUGCCGGUGCUGGAGCAGGUGGAGCCGCUGGAUCGAACGGUAGUUUCUGGAGGAUGGAAGCUCUGCAAAAGAGUGGCAAUCAGGCACCUGCUGCCAGGAGUGCUGUCAUGAGUUCCCCGCUACAGUCAGCUCGGACACGGACAAUGGGAGGUGGAAAGGGUGGAUUGAAGAAGAAGCAAUCGGGUGGAGGAGGAACGAGUCUCUUGGGAGCUGCCUUGAACGCGGCUUCGUCGGCGGUCUCGGGAGUCUCGGGUGGCAAUCACAACGAUUCAUCGAGAAAUGAAAGUCAGGCCCCAGCGAAAGGCAAUGCUCGACAUGCUUCGGCUCCCACAGCCGUAGCCUCUCCACCAACAUCGCAGAGAAAUGUCAGCAGCAAAAAGAAGAAAGAAACUAGCAAACAACGACAAGCAGAACGCCGACAAAAAUUGGAAGUCCAAUCAGAACAUGAUUUGGGACACUUGAUGAACAACAACGCCAAUCAGCAUCUUCCCCCAACAACGGUUGUCACGACAACAACAACAAACAACUUGCGUGGAAUGAGCGACACGCUUCCUGAAAACGAUACCUACAACCCACCACCGCGACAUCAGAGUGAAGGCGCAUCUCCUGCGGAUGCUGCCACUGAUGCUGGCGAGGCAGACACAGGAAGCACACCCUUUGGAUGGGGCGCCGAUACCAGCGGAUCCCUCAGUGUCGCCGAUGCCAGUACGGCAGCGGACACCGUAGCCACGGCAGCUACCGGUAGAUCGUCGGCCGAAGCGGGAUCUUCUCUACUCUUUGGAAAACCCACCAAUGGUAGUGUGCUGCUGGGAAAGUCAUCCUCUCUCAUCUUUCCUACGGGAGUAGAACCCAGUACCAGCGCUGGACGAGGGACCAGUAUUGGGAGUGUCGGACGAGGAUCCACGCAAGCUUCCAGUAGCGACUAUGCCGCCAACAAUUUGAAACGACGAAAAGUGAAUCUGCUGUUAGAUCAGUGUGAAACUGUGAGAUUCCCCUUCAAGAAAAAGUUAAUCUUGAAUGACUUGGGUUUGGCGGCAGCGGAUAUCCCCGUGAAGGACCUCUGCGGCACCUCAUUAGGCCAGUCUCUUCACAAACUGAGUCUUGCCGGCAAUCGGUUAGGGUACAUCCCGGGCAAGCUGGUGAUGAAUCUGCCCGUCUUGAAGCAUCUGGAUCUGUCGCAGUGUGAACUACAUCACUUGCCAGAAACAUGGUAUCUGCCCAAUCUUCGCCGUCUGAAUUUGAGUCACAAUCGUCUCACCGAUUUCCCUGAAGAGACAAUGUUGGAAGGAUUGCCCGAGCUGCAAGAGCUCAACAUGUAUGGCAACAAAGUAGCUGAGAUUAUCAUUCCCCACAGCAACAGUGCCAACAAGAGACAGGUAUUGUCCAAACUGGAGACACUGAAUUUAGGUUACAACGAUUUGUCGUACUUGCCAGACGAUUUGGAUCUACUAAAGUCUCUGAGAACGUUGAAGGUGAUGAACAACUUUCUAGAGAAGGUGCCAAUCCGAGUAUGUGACAUGGAUUUGAGAAUGAUUGAUGUGAGUUCCAACCCCGUCAUUCAACCUCCGAUUGAGACAUGUGAACGCGGCAUCUCCUCGAUGAAGCGAUACUACCACUGUCUACGAAUGGAAGAGAACCAGGCUGCGUCAUCAUCAAACCAAAGCAAAUCUACUUCUUACCUCGACGAGUUCCAGAAGAACGUUAAAAAGACUAAAAAGAAGGUAAGCUACGGCUUGCUCAAGGCACCCAAACUACUCAUGCCAGGCGUGCAAAGAUCGCCGUCGGCACCACAAGCGCAGCCUUCAGCAGCGGCGACGCGACAGGUAUCAGAUGAAGCAUCCAUGUCACAAUCCAGCGCGGCUACAGCGCCGACGCACCAACAAUCCGCACCAGUUCCAUCUUCAAUUACGUCAUCGCCUACUCCGUCGGAGGAUAGAAAAAUGCCUGCCAUUGCCUCUCGAAGCAAGAGCGAGGGCGCUCAGCCUAUUGCGCCGGUUCCGGCCACCGUCGAAGAGGACGAGGAAGGGCCCAUCUCUCCUCAACGAGCGAGCUAUAGUCUUGCCGACUCUGCCGAAAGCAGUAUUGACGCAAGUACAGCCAACCAGUACUACGUCGAAGUGAAACCACAACACGAACAAGUACACUCUCCAGAAUCUAUCACUGUUAACGAUACUCUGAAGGUUAUCUUUGUUGGAAUGGCCAUGGUUGGCAAAACAAGUAUGAUCAAACGGCUGAUUGAGGGUGAAAAUGCCAUCAUUCCUUCACACGAUGAUCGUACAGUUGGCGUCGAUAUAUACGAGUGGGACAACCGAAAGGACAAGCGCUUUGAGCACAUUGACUCUCGCAUAAUAUUCGAGGACAAGGAAUUGGAGCGAUCGAUUUGCGAGGCCAGAGGAAUCGACAAGCAUGACGUGGACGUGAAAUUCAGCGUUUGGGACUUUGCCGGUCAACACGUCUAUCACGCGACACAUCAACUCUUCUUCAGCCCUCGGGCACUUUAUGUGUUGGUUUGGGAUAUGGGUGCAACAAAUCGAGGCACUCUGCGGCGAAAGAAUUCUCGUGCAGACGAGCGAGGGGCUUUCAAGCUUAGCUAUGAUUCGAGUGACGAAGAGGAGUCGGAAGAAGAGGAUGAUUUCGAUGUCGAAUCGGAGCUCGUCGCGCGGAUCGUGCCUUAUAUAGAGACAUUGAUGAAAAAAUACAAUUCUGGUGAAAGCGAGGGCGGCAUUGAAGAAGCAAAACGCCGUUGCAGGGUCAUGAAAAACCGCCUUCUCCGCCACGAGGAGAGGAGAAUCGAGGGAAUCCAACAGCGUCUCAAAGAGUAUCAUGACUCCAAUCGCGCGAACGACGAAGGAGCUGUGAGGCUUCAAAAGUUACUGGACUCAUACACCCGACCCAAGUUAAUUUUCUGGGGUGAUGACGAUCCGGUGGUUCGAGUGAGUGGUUCCAUGUACACAGGAUUCGACGAUUUGACCAAGAAAAUCAUUGAUAUUGCGACCGGACGCUUUAAGGGGCAAUGGCAACACCCCAUCUUCCGCGGACACAUUGGGGCUCGAAUCCCCCGAAUGCGACUGGAGGUUCGCGAGGCUGUGCGAAAUCUACGGAAUCGCUUCAAGGUCGUGGAAUGGGGUUAUUUCCUUGAUCAAUUGAAGGAUCGCGGCUUAGCCAGCGUAGAGGAUAUCAGUGACGCAUUGCAUUUCCUGACAAAUGUGGGCGAGCUGUCGUACUUUGGAGCAGUUUUGACGGAUAAGCAAACAAGGAACACGCUCCGAAGAGACAACAUAAGGAAGGCAGCCAGGGCGUACCGACGGUCGGCUGCCGACGAUUCCGAUGAUGACGACCUACUAGACGACGAUGACUUUGACGACGACUACGAAGAGGGAGCCACGUUCCUCUCGGUUGACGACACAACACUAGCAAAUUCGGCUCAAGUAACGGAAGAGAGUUCUCUAACAAAUUCGCUUCCCGACUGGAAUAUGAAUGGGCUGUCUCAGUUUGUGUUUUUGAAUCCUCGGUGGCUCGUCGCUGCGGUGGCUUGUAUCCUUCGUCACGAUCUAGAUCGCGAGAUUCAGGAAACGCGAAGAUCUCUGAGUGCUACUGAGAGGAAUGCCAGUGUAGCGCCAAGUUUCUACGACGCCCACCUAAAUUGUCCCGUGAUAACAGCCCGUGACGCUAAAAUGUUGUGGCAGGCCAAGAAAAUCACAAAGAAGGCCGCGGACAGGGCCCUGAAAUCAUCCAGCAACAUGACUGUGACUCCUUUUGAAUUCUUACUGUUGCUUCUCAUCCGAUUUGGUGUAUUUGUUCCGAUUGACCUAAGCAUUGAGAAGGCUUUCCUGGGAGGAAAAGAUUACGCUGGUCAAGAAGAUGCCUCUGGCGGCGCUCUGCCUUCGGAGGUAAGUAUCAGUGACACGACAACCACAGAUCCAACGACAACAGCAGAUGAUUCUCCGCUUCAGGCGAAGUUCUUCUUCUUGCCAAGCCUUCUUGGACCAGGUGAACCGGCCGAGGCGUGGACAUACAAGAACUCCGAGUCCUGGAAAAUUACCCUGGCUCACUCAGUGCUCUUCCCGGAUGGUGUUCCUCCUGGUCUCAUGGAGAGAAUCACUGCUUCUGUGCUGAGCAAUGUGUACGCCGUGGCUCAAAAGACUCGACAAAGCGAAAAACCAAAAGGGCGCCUCAGUGUGAAAGAGGUGCUUUGCUGGCGAACCGCCUUCUACUUGAAACUUGGCACGCAAUCCUCAGACAACAAAGAAAGCAUUGUCGAAAUCUUCACGCACUUGGUCGACCGCGACUCAAACAUGUGUGUGGGAUCAGACUACAUGGGGAUAGGAAUGCGACGGUUGAUUACCAGUGCAAAGGGACAAGUGGGGGACCGAGGUCGAAAGAUAUGGGAGGGAGGAUAUCUUCUCGUUGUUCAGUCGGUGGCGCGGGUUAUGGAAGAGUAUGGAGGUCUCGAAUUCGAACGACAAGCUUUCUGCACUGAUUGCUUAGCCAAGAGCGCUCUGAGCAGGACAAGCGCUUGGGAUUUCACUGUCUUGCGAGCUGCCGUUCUCAACGGUGACGGAACGUUGCGAUGCAGGGAUGGUCAUCGAGUAGAUACUUCGUUGAUAGCCGGUCCUUCCAAUGAGCCCAAACGAGUCGACAAAGAACGAGAGAAGCAUGUCGAGGACGAACCAGGCGGGCAGAAGGAUCCAACCGUCCCAGUGAAGGAACUACUUCGAGGAGUCGUCGUUGUCGGUCUGUUCGAUGGCAAGACCAGGAAAGUUGUCCGUGUUGGUUCAGGAUUCGUCGUGGACAAGAAGCGCGGCUUGAUUGUCACGGCGAGCCACACUUUGAUGAACAUCUGGGGCGACAAGAACACCCCAUUCGGUGAAAACUACUACGGGCUGCGCCAGGGCAAAGUUGUGAUAGGCGUCAUCCCCCGCCAAAAGGAGGCUUCAAGCAACGCCGACGCUACCAUGGCGAUGUUUCGGUAUUUCGCGGUCAUUGUCACCAAGGACCCCAGCAUUGACAAGGGUGAAUGUCACCUCGAUGCUUGCGUUCUCAGGAUCACCACGAGAAUGGAAAACGAUGUUGGUGGCGACGGCGAUGGUUGCGGAGACCAACCAGAACGAUUGCUGUUGAACAACCCAGACGCACUCAAGAAGGAGAAGCUACAAGCACUGAAGAUCACAGAGAAAGUUGAGCUAGACGAACAAGUACGAAUCCUUGGUUACAACCAAGGAGGGGAAGGUUUGCUCGGUCCAGGCCAGAGCCUCAAUCGCUACGUCGAUUUUGCACGUGGCUACGUUUGCAAGAUGUUUUCGGGAGAUAUCAGUGAAGAGGAGUACCAACGUCAUCGCUUCAAGCCACGGAAGGAAAUCGUUGUAAUUUGUCCUACUAUCGGUGGCCAUAGUGGUGGUCCGUGCGUGAACCAGCAGGGAGAGGUCAUUGGCAUCUUGAGCCGAGCAGACCCUGCGGAGAGCCAGCGCUGUUACUUGGUGCCGACCAAUGAAUGGAAAUCGCUGGUGAAGCAAGCAAAGAACAUGAUGUAG